AUGACGACUCUUGUCAGAAGACCAAAAUCACUAUGUGAAUGUGAUGAUGUGGCAGCCGCACAUUCUAAAAUAGAAACGAGACCUACAAACUUUAUUAAAUCAUUAGACCUAACCCACCCUGUGGAUCAUAGUAUUUGCAAUUCCAAGGAAAAGUAUGAAGAGUUUUUGAGCCAACACCUCACGGAAUAUAAGUUUGUUGAUCUGAUCUCUUUUACGGACCAGCUUGCAUACACUGAAAGUUGUUUGGAUGAAAUAAUAGUCGAUACAGCCUCUGUUCUGGAUCUACUUGGGAGUCUUUCAGGAUCAUUUAAGUCUGUUGAAUCCGAGACGAGUACCUUCCAGGGGCAAUGUGAAGAAUUAUUGUCUGAUCAAAAGCGACUGAUAGAUCUAGUAGAUGGAAUUGGAAAAGACCUCCAGUACUAUUCUUAUCUAGAGCCUCUGACAAAACGACUGAAUGCCCCAGGAUCUGGCCGACUAGUUAAUAGCGAUGAUUUCCUGGAAUCGCUCCUGAACCUUAACGCAUGUAUCGAAUUUAUGAGCCAACAUCCAGACUAUCGAGAUUCUUCUAUCUAUCAGUCUCGUUACAUAUCCCUACUUGAAAGGGCUCUGAAUCUUGUUCAGAAUCAUAUUUCGUAUUGCUUCAAGGAAGUGACGGAUGAAGUCAUCCAAGAGCUUCGCUCAAAAGAUCACACUGAAACAGCGGAAUAUGUAUUGCUUUAUGGAAAGUACGAAUCUAUCAAGUACAAGCUAGGCUCCCAAAUCGAGGGGCUCUUGAAAUAUCCCGAAUUCACCUUUGGAACAUUGGGUCAAGAGCAUAAUCUUCCCCCAUAUGCCCUACGAUAUCAUGAACUCUGGAGUCAGAUUGUUGAUAUCUAUCUCAAAAAUAGGGAGCCAGUCAAUGAAGUCGUAUCAAAAAAUCUGAAGAAGUUUACGGUGGUAGAAGAUCCUGCAAACGAUUUUGAAACAUUUGCAAGACAUGCUGUCCAGUACGUAUUGGAUAUUUGUAACAGUGAGCAAACUCUCAUGAUGAAAUUUUUCAAAGACGGCCCAUUAAUGGCCAAUUACGGGACAUUAAAUGGCUGGAACAAAAAUAAUAAUUAUUCCGGUAGACUUGAAGAAAAUACCUUGCUAUAUCUUAAGACCCUCCACAGUUAUCUUACGACUUACAUGAGCGGAGAUGACCUACAGGCGAUAUGUGGACUGGUCAACUGGCUCGAAAUCAUGUAUCUCACAUCAACCGAUGGGGAGCUCGAUGUGGAAAUUUCAAAAACUGAUCGAGCAGCAAUAGCACAACAUUAUUUGGGAAAUUACCUCUGGAAAUUCAUGGAUGAGAUGUUCCUCAAAAGUGCCAUUGACAUUGAACAUUACAUACCAUCUCAAGAAGAUCUCACUAUUUCUGUUAUCACUUGUGAUUCUACCCUGGAAAUUUCAGGUCACGAAAAGGAAAAUAAUAUAGAAAUAUCUGAAGGUGGUCUUACUUCCUACGCAUAUCCUACGGUAAAAGUUGCUGCAAAACUGCUGAUGCAGUACAAUGAUGGCUUUGCAGAGCGACCUAGAACUAGUGAAAUUCUGUAUGAGAUAGUCCACCAGACAACUAAAUCCUUACAAAAAGCUGCUACUCUUAUCAAGCGAAACUCUAAUAUGAUGGAUGCACAAAUUUUUCUUAUCAAAAAUCUUCUUCUUCUAGAAAAUCUCUUCAUGACACACGAGAUACCAGAUUUAGUCCGUCAGUCCGCUGAAUUUGAUUUUUCGCCUAUUUGGAGCACAAUUUCUGAUUUACAAGCCCAAAGACAGCUUUUUAAUCCGCUAGCUUACAUUACGCCACUCGUCAGGGGCAGACUCUUACCUGCGGUUAUAGAUCGUGUAUUAGAUGCGAGGAAAGAGGUUGAAAAUAUUUUAGUGCAGCAAAUAACGGCAUUUACAAAAACAUGGCAAUCACAGCUGGCUGUGGGUGAUAAAGAAAAGCGAGAGAUAAUCGAGGUAGAUCUAGAUAAAGUACUUCAGCAAAACUUUGAUGAAAAGACUCGUGCAGCAUUAUGGAAAAUAAUUGGAACAGAUUAA